AUGGCGAAGUUUGCCGCAACGACACUGACGUAUAAGAUGGAGCCACACGAACGCGCUUGUUUCUAUGUCACAGCUAAGAGUGCUGGGGAAAAGAUGGCGUUCUAUUUUGCGGUCCAAUCCGGAGGUUCCUUCGACGUGGAUUACGAUGUGAUGGGCCCAAAAGGCAACGAGAUACUAUCAAGCACAAAAGAGCGCCAGGGGGACUUUGUAUUCUCGGCACCUGAUCCGGGAGAGCACUCCUUCUGCUUCAGCAAUAAAAUGUCCACCUUCACCGAAAAGGUCAUCGACUUCGACAUCACAGCAGAGCACGAGCAAGGCAUCUCAUCCCCCGUCGCCCAAGAACUGGCCAAGAAGGAGGAGAUUAAGAAGGACAUUAAACCGUUGGAAGAAUGCAUUACGCGGCUGUCCGAUACGCUGGGCGGUGUCCAGAAGCAUCAGAAGUACUUCCGGACUAGGGAGAACCGGAACUUUGACACGGUGAAGAGCACGCAGAACCGUAUCUUCUGGUUCGGGACUCUCGAGGCGUUCUCGUUGGUUGUGAUGGGGGUGUUUCAGGUCUUCAUCAUUCAAACCUUCUUCAUGAAGAGUGGGAAGGCACGGGUGUAG